UAUAAGAGAAACUCAUCACCUCUUUCUAAAACAAAAGUAUAUCCAAUAUAUUCCAGAACUAGAAAUUCCUUUUUCAUCUAUUAUCUUCUCCUCCUCCUUAGAGAAGGAGAAAAAUGGUGGAAAGUGAAAAAAUGAAUGAAACAAAGAAGUUGAGCAAGAGCUAUUUUGAUGUUUUGGGAAUUUGCUGUACUUCAGAAGUUGUUCUAGUUGAAAAAAUUCUCAAGAAUCUUGAAGGGGUUAAAGAGGUUUCAGUAAUUGUCACAACAAAGACUGUCAUUGUUAUUCAUGAUUCUCUUCUCAUUUCUCCGCAACAAAUUGUUAAAGCAUUGAAUCAAGCAAGAUUAGAAGCAAGCAUAAGAGUGAAAGGAGAGAAAAACUACCAAAAGAAAUGGCCAAGUCCAUUUGCAAUUGGCAGUGGAAUAUUGCUUGGACUCUCAUUUUUGAAGUACUUUUUUGCACCUUUCCAAUGGUUAGCACUUGCAGCUGUUGCAGUUGGGAUUCCUCCAAUUAUUUUUAGAGGUGUGGCUGCCGUGCGAAACCUCACUCUUGACAUCAACAUUCUUGUUUUAAUAGCAGUGGCUGGAUCAAUUGUUUUACACGAUUAUUGGGAAGCUGGUACUAUUGUCUUCUUAUUCGCCAUUGCAGAAUGGCUAGAGUCAAGGGCAAGUCACAAGGCUACCGCUGCUAUGUCAUCACUGGUCAAUAUAGUCCCUCCAACAGCAGUUUUAGCUGAAAGCGGAGAAGUCGUAAAUGUUGAUGAAGUCAAGGUGAAUAGCAUUCUUGCUGUGAAAGCUGGUGAAACUAUACCUAUUGAUGGAGUUGUAGUGGAAGGGGAAUGUGACGUGGACGAGAAAACACUGACAGGCGAGUCGUUUCCAGUUUCUAAGCAAAGAGAUUCAACGGUCUGGGCUGGCACUACAAAUCUAAAUGGCUAUAUCAGUGUUAAGACUACGGCUUUGGCUGAAGAUUGUGCGGUGGCUAGGAUGGCACAGCUUGUCGAAGAUGCUCAGAACAAGAAAUCAAAAACCCAAAGAUACAUCGACAAGUGUGCUAAAUAUUAUACACCAGCAAUUGUGGCUAUAUCAGCUUCUUUGGCAAUUGUUCCUACUGCAUUAAGAGUUCACAAUCGAAAUGAAUGGUAUCGCUUGGCUUUGGUCACAUUGGUGAGUGCAUGUCCGUGUGCACUUGUUCUAUCUACACCAGUUGCCAUGUGUUGCGCACUUUCAAAAGCAGCAACGUCCGGUCUUCUGUUUAAAGGAGCAGAGUACCUUGAGACUCUAGCUAAAAUCAAAAUCAUGGCUUUUGACAAAACAGGGACUAUAACUAAAGGAGAAUUUAUGGUGACCGAGUUCAAGUCUCUGAUUGAUGGUUUUAGUCUCAAUACACUGCUUUACUGGGUUUCAAGCAUUGAGAGCAAGUCAGGUCAUCCGAUGGCAGCCGCUCUGGUGGACUAUGCACAAUCAAAUUCCGUUGAGCCAAAGCCUGAUAGAGUUGAGCAGUUUCAAAAUUUUCCUGGUGAAGGGAUAUUUGGAAGAAUUGAUGGAAUGGAAAUCUAUGUCGGGAAUAGGAAAAUUUCUUCAAGAGCUGGAUGUACCACAGUACCAGAAAUAGAGGGUGAUAGUUUCAAAGGAAAGUCUGUUGGAUACAUAUUUUUGGGAUCAUCUCCAGCUGGAAUUUUCAGUCUUUCCGAUGUUUGUCGAAUUGGUGUAAAAGAAGCAAUGAGAGAACUGAAGCAGAUGGGUAUCAAAACCGCGAUGCUUACUGGUGAUUGUUAUGCAGCUGCCAACCAUGUGCAGGAUCAGUUAGGUGGAGCUUUGGAUGAAUUUCAAGCAGAACUCCUACCAGAGGACAAGGCAACAAUCAUCAAGGGUUUUCAGAAGGAAGCUCCAACAGCGAUGAUAGGCGACGGCCUUAAUGAUGCUCCUGCAUUAGCAACAGCUGACAUUGGCAUCUCAAUGGGCAUCUCUGGGUCAGCUCUCGCUAAAGAAACAGGCCAUGUUAUACUAAUGACAAAUGACAUCGGAAGAAUACCGAAAGCUGCACGUCUUGCUAGAAGAGUUCGAAGGAAGAUUGUUGAGAAUAUGAUUAUAUCAGUCGUUACAAAGGCUGCCAUAGUUGCAUUGGCAAUAGCAGGUUAUCCAUUGGUUUGGGCUGCUGUCCUCGCAGAUACUGGGACAUGCUUGCUAGUGAUUUUGAACAGCAUGCUACUUCUACGAGGAGGCACACGCAGACAUGGGAAAAAAUGUUGGAGAUCUUCUACUCCUUCGCAUGCUCCCCACCACAAAGACAAAGCUUCAUGUUGCAAGUCGGAAAAUGCUCCCCAGCUGUGUUGCUCUGAUAUUGAGUCACAAAAGAAAUGUACAAGUCAAUCAUGCUCGUCCGAGGUGUGUGUUCCAAGAUGUCAACCUGUCUCCUCAGGAUCAAAGUCAUGUGGAAAUAAUCAGUGCCCAGACUCCAUUGAAAAUAGUGGUUUUCAUUCUCAUCGCCGUCCUCAAUGCUGCUCGUCGAAGAUGGCUGCUAAAGCAUGCCAAUCUGCAGUUUCAGAAUCAAAGUCAUGCGGAAAUAAUCAGUGCCCAGACUCCGUUGAAAAUAGUGGUUUUCAUUCUCAUCCCCGUCCUGAAUGCUGCUCGUCGAAGAUGGCUGCUAAAGCGUGCCAAUCUGCAGUUUCAGAAUCAAAGUCAUGUGGAAAUAAUCAGUGCCCAGACUCCGUUGAAAAUAGUGGUUUUCAUUCUCAUCCCCGUCCUCAAUGCUGUUCAUCGAAGAUGGCUGCUAAAGCAGGCCAAUCUGCACUUUCAGAAUCAAAGUCAUGUGGAAAUAAUCAGUGCCCAGACUCCGUUGAAAAUAGUGGUUUUCAUUCUCAUCCCCGUCCUCAAUGCUGUUCAUCGAAGAUGGCUGCUAAAGCAGGCCAAUCUGCACUUUCAGAAUCAAAGUCAUGUGGAAAUAACAAUUGCUCAGACUCCAUUCACAAGAGUAAUUGUCAUUCUUUAACUAACUCUCUAGUAUGUUCUUCCAAGAUGUCUGCUCCACAAUGUCAUUCUGCUACUUCAAGCAACAAAUCAUGUGGAAGUACCAAGUGCUCCGACUUCAGUGACAAAAAAUGUUGUCAAUCCGACAAAAUUCCUCAAACGUGCUCUACCAAGAAGUCUGCUCCAGGAUGUCAAUCUGCAGUUUCUGGGUCUAAAUCAUGUGGAAAUAGCAAGUGUUCAGACUCAAAAGACAAUAGUAGCCAUCCUUCACAUCCCGAUCAUCAAACAUGCAUGUCUAAGUUGUGUGCUCCACAAAGCCAAUCUGCAACUUCAAGCUCCAGGACAUGUGGAAAUACAAAGUGCUCGGACACCAAUAGCAAGAAUUCUUGUUAUUCACAAACCAACUCUGAAUCAUGCUCUUCAAAGAUGUCUGGUCCAUCAUGCAAAACUGCUAAUUCAGGUUCAAGGUCAUGCAGAAAUAAGAAGUGCCAGGACUCUGCAACCGAGAACAGUUUUCAUUCACCACUUACUAAUCCACUCAGUGGGGAAAAGCUUUCGGAGCAGAAAAGCUUGGAUUUAGUCCGAAAAGAUAAGGAAUCAAGUCAUGAUCUUCGUCAUGGCUGCUCUGACGAGGAACAUGAUCAUACAAAUUUAGACAAGGCAUAUGACAGUUGUGCCUUACAAGAAUGUUGUUAUUCGGUUCAAGGCAAUAAAACUGAUGUAUCAGAAACUGGAAUCCAGGAAACUGCUCAUUGUGACAGCACCAAUCAAACAUGCCAAACUGCAAGUUCAGGGCUGAGAUUUUCAGGAUCGAUGACAUGCGGAAAUGAUAAGAUCCUGGACUCUCUAAGCAUCCAUGGUUGUCAUUCGCAUGAUAAUCCACUCCACGAGGAGAACAACUUGGAGCAGAAAAUCUUGGAUGUUGUUGGAGAAGGUAUAAAAUCACCUCAUGCUGUCGGUCAUGGCUGUUCGGACAAGGAACACGAUCACUCACAUCCAGAAAAGGCAUAUGACAGUUGUGCAACAGAUGAUUGUUGUUUUUCAGUUCAAGUCCAUGGCAUUGACGACGUAUCAAAAAGUGAAAUUCAAGAAACUGCUCAUUGUGACAGCACAAAGCAGAGCAUGGUCAUCUCCAGCAGCUGCAAACAUGAACCAAAAGAUCAGGUAAAUCACUGUGGACUUCACUCUAAAACUACUCCAACUGAUGAAGAACUAGCCAAGCUGGUUAGAAGAUGCUGCAAAUACAAACCAUGCCACGACGUCCGUUCUGGCUGCAGGAAGCAUGCUGCAGAAUGUGGUCCAACCGUUCGAUCAACCAUCAAUAUCUUACGGGACAACCAUCAUCAUUACCUAGACUGCAGUGGUCGUAAGGUUUGUUCGCUGUUGGAGAAGAGACACAUCGGUGGAUGCUGUGACAGCUUCAGAAAAGAAUGUUGUGCCAAGAAAAAACACCUUGGAGCAAGUUUUGGAGGAGGUUUAUCAGAAAUUGUCAUAGAGUAGAUGCAAUCCGAAGUGUACAUAUGUUGUAAACUUCCUACCUAUUUUAUCUUCAAGAAGUUGAGCUGCUAAUUUGAACAAAGCUAUUGCAAUGGCUUGUAUAUUUAUCCUAAAAAAUGGCUUGUAUAUUUGAGUUUUCACAAAGUUGAACACAUCAAUGUGAUUUGCAUGAAAACAUCAGCUCACAUUGAAGGCCAACUAUGCUUAUUUAUGCACAGUCAACUCCGUUCAACUUUUACGAGUAGUGAAGAAGUAUAGAGAACUUUGGCUGGUUCUUGACCAAGGGAAAGUACAGGAUUGGGCAUCGCUUGGGCUAAUGCCAGUUGAUUGAAAAAAGAAACUAAACUUUCAAGAUUCUAGAUU